UUUUAACUUUGUGUGCGGAAUGAUCUCUUUCUUGGGAAUGAAACUAAAGGUAAGAAAGAGAAAUGCAGUAUUCGCAAGGCAUUGUUGGGAAUAAAGAGAUAAAACUUCAAAGAAUGAUCUCUUUCUUGCGAAUAUGGAGAUAGUGAGUUUCUUUUAAGUUUGUGUUCGGAAUAAUUUCUUUCUUGGGAAUAAAACAAAAAGUUUGCGUGCCUUCCGAUAUUAGUGUCUCCAUUUUAUGGUAAGCACAAAACCCUGCUCUUGUAUCUCUAGCUGAUUGUUCCCCCAAAUCAUUUCUGUUUAGCCCCAAUUCAGUUUUCAAAAGGAAAAAUGGCCGCAAGUGUCCUCCUCCCUGCUGCUCAAACAAUCCUGGAAGCCUGCUUGAAACCACUUGUAACCCAGCAGAUUAACCUAGCAUGGGGUUUCAAGGAAGACCUUAGAAAGCUGCAGAGAAGGUUAGAGAACAUGCAAGCAUUGCUACGUGAUGCUGAGAAAGGACACAUAGAAUCACGAGUCCUGAAAAAGUGGCUAAAGAGUUUGAAGUCAGUGGCCUGCGAUGCGGAGAACGUUUUGGGUGAGUUAGCAUAUGAAGCUCUUCGAAGGAAGUUGGAGGUAGGAAACCGGAUGAGGUACAAGGUACGCAACUUCUUCUCACCCUCUAAUCCGCUGGCAUUUCGUAUUAAGAUGGCUAAUAGGGUGAACAAUAUCAAUUUGUUAUUGGACGAAAUUUGUAAAGAAGCAAAUAAUAUGGGUCUUAGACCUGCAGAGCAACUCAUGAGUGCUUUUGUUCCGCCUAGUGAGCAUAGGCCGACUAUACCUUUCGUUGACGAAUCGGGCUGCGUGGGGAGGGCUGGUGAUGUCGUAGUAGUGAGAGAAAUGCUGCUUGGCUCUAAAGAUGAUUUAGCUGUCAUUGCUAUUGUAGGAAUGGGUGGGCUUGGAAAGACCACACUAGCGCAGUUAGUUUACAAAGAUACGAACGUUGUGGAGUAUUUUGGUGAUAACAAAAUGUGGGUUUGUGUCUCUGAUGAUUUCAAGGUUGAAAGGUUACUGAAUGAGAUGGUACAAUCUCUUUUUAGGGAGAAAUUUGAGAUGUCAAACAUAGAAGGAACAGUAAGAAAGCUUGGAGAAAAACUGAAUGGAAAAAAAUACUUACUCGUGUUGGACGAUGUUUGGAAUGAGAUUCCAAAAAUGUGGGAUGACAUGAGAAGUUCUUUGAUAGGUAUAGGUGGCUCCAAGGAAAGCAAAAUUAUUGUUACUACCCGUAGUAUGAAUGUGGUCUUAGCAAUGCGGGUGCCCCAAUCUCUCACCCAUCAGUUGCGUGAAUUGUCACAUGAUGAUAGUUGGACCAUGUUUAGGAAAAGGGCAUUUGCAAGUGGGGGACCAAGAGAAACUCAAACUUUGGUCAAUAUUGGUGGUAGAAUGGUUGAAAAGUGUAAGGGUGUGCCGUUAGCGAUAAAUUCGUUAGGAGGUUUAUUGUAUGACAAGAAAUCUCUUACCGAAUGGGAGGAAAUUGAGGAGAGUGAAAUAUGGAGAAGCGAGGGCGAAAUUCUUCCAGCAUUAAGGCUUAGUUUCCAUCACUUACCUUUCCCAAGUUUGAAACAAUGUUUUGCCUAUUGUUCUAUUUUUCCAAAGGACCAAUUACUGGAAAAGGAUGUCCUGGUCCAGCUUUGGAUGAGUCUAGGUUAUCUUCAGUCUCUUCCAAAAAGAAAUUUGGAAAUGGAAGACGUAGGCAAUGAAUAUUUUGAUAUCUUGUUGCGCAAUUCACUAUUUCAAGAUGUUGUCUUGGAUGAGUAUAACUAUGUUACUGCUUGCAAGAUGCAUGAUCUUGUACAUGAUCUUGCUCUAGAUGUCUCAGAGGGUAGUUGUUUGACUUUGAAAACUGGGGAGGUUAAGGACCAUCCCGAAGUUCAACAUCUUUCAUUGUGUCUCGAGGAAAAAAUGAGGUUAGAACUUUCAAACGAAACUAAUGGGAAACUAAGGACGUUGUUUUUAACUGGAAAUUUUCCCGAAAAUACUGAAGAUAUCAAAUCUAUUCGUGUUCUGAGUAUUGUAGAAUCUGGUGGGAAAGAGUUGUCGAGAUCUAUAUGCAAGUUCAUACAUAUAAAGUACCUUGACCUCUCAGAGUCUUCUUUUGAAAAAUUGCCCAAUUCUAUCACUAAGCUCUACAAUUUGGAAACACUGAGGUUGCCACCAUUUCCAAAUUGGGAAGACAUUCAAAAAGAAUUCCAUAAGUUGGUUAACUUGAGACAUCUUUGCGUGAAAGAAUAUUUUAGAGAAACUAGCAGGAAAAUGACUCCAACCAAGAUAGGCCAUUUGAGUUCUUUGCAGACAAUACCAUUCUUUUCUGUGGGUGAGGACGAGGGCCAUAGAAUUGAAGAGCUCGGAAGCUUAAGCAAGCUGAGAGGUAGAUUACGUGUUUAUGAUCUCCAAAACGUGAAAGACAAGGAAGAAGCAGAAAGAGCUAAAAUGUCUGAAAAAUCAAAAGUUACAAAGUUGGAAUUUCAUUGGGAUAGGUACCCUGUAACGUCAGACAUUAACUAUGCGGAUGUGUUGGAAGGACUUAAACCUAACAAGAAUCUUAGGGGUUUAAUUCUCAGAAAUUUCGGAGGACGAAGAUUGACAUCAUGGAUGAGGAGUCGAGAUGAUCAGUCGCUUCAUAAUUUAGUGAAGAUCGAAUUAAUCGGCUGCAAGUCAUGUGAAGAUAUCCCAGUACUCGGACACCUUCCGAACCUUGAAGUCAUUGUAAUGGAAGAAUUAGAUAAUGUGGAGAGCAUUGGUCCUGAAUUCUAUGGAUUGGAUGAACGAGUUGGUGGUGGUGGUGGUGGUGGUAGUAGUAUUGUGGCUGCACCAGGACCAGUAGUAUUUCCGGCAUUGAAAGAAGUCACUAUUCGUGGUAUGCGGAAGCUAAAAGAGUGGUCAGAUGUAUCGUCAUUGCCUCCUGCAACCAAGAGUAAAAUGGAGUUCUUUCCUCGUCUCGAGAAGUUAUUUAUCUCAGAUUGCCCUAACUUGAUCGACAUUCCGGGUCAUUUGUUAUGCAUUCAAAAUUUAGCUAUUACGGGUAGUACGGAUGGGUACUUCUAUUUUGAGAAAAUUGCGAAUAUACUCACUUCGAGCAUAACGGUACAUCCGGAUUCGACAAAUGUCAGUACUCUGAUUGAACAUUUGCUAGAAACAAGCAUGAAGUCCCUAAAGCAUCUGGAAAUACAGGGUUUACAUGAGUUGUGUUUUUUACCGAAGCAACUACUAAACCUAGCUUCCCUUGAGCUUUUAACAAUAACAGAGUGCCCUAAACUGAUGUACAUAGGCGAAGAAACAGGAGGGGAAUUCAACAGCUGCCUAACGUCCCUUCAGGAGCUUUCAAUUCGAGAGUGCAUAGAGUUGAGAUGCUUGCCAAAGGGGUUGCUACAACCGACCCUUGUAAGAUUGGAGUUGUAUAUGUGUUCCAAUUUAAGGGAGGCCAGCCCCGAUGAAUUGCGCAACCUCACGUCCCUUCAGGAUCUGGAAUUGGACAGGUGUAACUCACGAUGGGCAAGGCCUUGGGAGGAGGGGCAAUUCUGUUUGACCAGUCUUCGAAAGUUGGAUAUCGGUCUCUUCUCAGAGGAGCUGGAUUAUUACCCCUGGCCAGAGGUUGAGAUGGCCAAAGCUCAAAACCCGCAAUUGCUAGAAUCUCUUACGUUAAGGGGAUGGCCAAAGCUCAAGUGCCUUCCCGAUCAAAUUCGGCACCUCACUUCCUUAAGAGAGCUGGUAAUUUAUGGAUUCGAUGGGUUGGAAGCUCUACCGGAGUGGUUGGGUAACUUUUCAUCUCUUGAAUCAUUGGACCUCUGUGUGUGCCCUAAUCUGAGGAGUUUGCCCACACUGAAAAAUUUUCAACGUCUCAAGAAUUUACAAUCGCUAGAGAUAUACCGUUGUCCCCUUCUAAAGGAAAGGUGCAAAGAAGAGGGAGAAGAGUGGCACAAGAUUGCUCAUAAUCUGAAGCUCGUGACACGAUUUUGAUCCAGAUUCAUAUUGAUUGGUUUAAUCAUGGCUCCUGGGGAAAAGGCAAUGUCAUCGAUUAGGAGAUCCUCUAUGCUUUCACCAUCUCAGCCCCCGGAAUCAGGAUCUUCCACCACCGAAUUCUGAUGCUUUGGGUGAUGCAUCAUCUUUUGCACAGUCUAAUGGCGCAGAAUCUCUUACUUUAUCGGGAUGGCCAAAGCUCAAGUGCCUUCCCGAUCAACUUUGGGACGUCACUUCCUUAAGAAAGCUGCAAAUUUAUGGAUUCGAAGGGUUGGAAGCUCUACCGAAGGGUUGGGUAACUUUUCAUCUCUUGAAUCAUUGAGGCUCUACAAGUGCUGUAAUCGUACGAGUUUGCCCUAACUGGAAAAAUUUCAACUUCUCAAGAACUUACAAUCUCUGGUUAUAGCCCGAUGUCCCCUUCUAAUGAAAAGAUGCGAGGAAGGGGGAGAAGAGUGGCACAAGAUUGCUCAUAUCAACCAUCGGAAUGCUUGGAAGUUGGAAUGCCAUAUGCUUGAUUGUGGAAAUUCAAGGCAUCAUUUUGGUUCUGUUCUCAAAAGUCUGAUUCAAAAACUUUUCUGCACAAGGUUUUCCUUAGCCCUGAAAUUUGUCCUGGAUUGGUUCAAAUUGCUUAGUAGUUUUUCCUCACUGCUUAACUGUUUGUCCAGAGAUAAUAAUCUUGCAACGUCAGCAGUUGUUUUCUCUGCUGGAAGAUUAUCGGAAAUGAAUUUUGAAAAGGUAUCUUAAAGUGAAGAUUUUGGUCCAGGACUUCAAUGUCUGGCCUCCCACUAAAGAAGCAAGCAAAUAUUGCAUUAUUACUGUCUGGACAAUCAAAGUUGGAUCUGAUUAAGAAAGGGGAAAAUGUCCUCAUUGAGCUUCCUAGCAUUAAUAUUUGAUGUAUGACAUCUUACUCAAUCAACCAUUAGCUGGCAAUAGUUUCUUCUUCUUUACCGAUGAGUAUAUUUCUAGUGAAUUACAGAAUUCUUUGUUGGAUUAGUUUUACAUUGAUUUCUGUUACUACUUGGUUGUCCUUGAAGUAUAUUGCAUGUUGGAAUUUUUGCUUUCCAGCUCUAAGAUUAACAACUGCUGGCCACUUUGAGAAUCAUCAGAUCCUUGUUAUGGCUACUUCAUAGUUCCACCGGAGUUAUGUAUUUUGUGAUGUCGGUUUAAGAUAAUGCAGACAAACGAAAGCUAAAUAAUCCGUGCCUAAACAAAAAGCUCAAAAUGCUUUCCUAACCUUCAUUACAAACUUUUUUCCAUAUGUAACCAAAAUGAGAUCAGGAAGGUGCACAAUGCUCUUGCAUGCAUGUUGUAUUCAUCUUUAUGAAAUUUUGGUGUUGUAUUUUUAUUAGUGAAGAUAAUUACAUGGAUCCAAACAAUUUAUGUUUGCAAUUAAGAUUGUGUUUGCCUUGCCACAGAAUCCUUUAGGUCCUAAAUUCAUUGUUUGUUUUGUAUGGUACAAGCACUAAUUUACUCUUCUCAAUAGCUAUAUACUGGAUCUUCUGUAUCUUUUGCAAUAUAGAUGUUGACUUUAACUCUAUAUUUACGGAUCAAAAGAAAACUUUAAGCACUAUAUUUACUUUUAUUGUUAGAUGUCCCGUGUUUUCGUCAUUUUACACUUGAGCUGUUAUAAGUCGAGAAAACCUCAAUCUUUGCUUCUCCUGCAUUUCUUCUCUUAAGAUUUUCUUGUAGACCUGCAGUUUGUUUGAUUUUGUGGUCCCAGUUGCAGCUAAUUUUGGCUUAUGCCACCGAUUGAUUUAUUGUACCUAGUGAAUGCUCCAUCUCUUCAUUCAUGACAUUAACAUAGUUUUUAUAUGUAUCUGCACGAGUACUUGCAAAUUUGCUUGGAAACAGCCUCUUAGCAUGCAGGGACUAAGACUCCAUACAAAUGAAAUUGACAUCUCACAUCCAUAAAAUUAUUCGUUCCAAUAAAACAUUGUCAGAGGAGCAUUGUGAGUUUCUAUUUCAAUAGUUUCCUUCAAAACGACUACGACAAGUACCUAAAUUAGGAUCAUUUUUCCCCUCUUCUUUUUUCUUAGGCCUUCUCUAUGACUUUUUUUGUGUGGCCAAUACGUAAAAUUCCCAACAUUAUUAGGUAUUUAUCUCUAAUCACGACUUAAAUUAUUGUUUAUGCAGUAUUUCCUGUAUCAUAUCUACUGAUGCAUCCACAAAUGUUUUGCCCAUUGAGUUAAAGCCCACAUAUCAUCUCUUGAAUGCCAGUUGUGAUUUGAAAGUAGGAGAUUUUGUACUGGCUAAAGUCACAUCUGAACCUGUUAAACUUAGUCCCACAUCGCUCAUCUAAGCCACCCAAGCUUGGUUAAUAUAUUCUAGAGGUUACUCCACCUAUUUCCAAUUGGUUUUUGGUUGGAACCCUCCAAGAAAUCUAACAUGGUAUCAGAGCUAGGUCUUGAGUGACCUCACAUCGUGUGGUCAAGUCUCCAUCGCCCGAGUCAACUCAUCAAUUCAUACCUCCACGUGCAUCCGGGCUACACGUGAGGGGUCGCCCGAGUCAAAUCUCUUGGUUUCCUCAAUUUGUACCUCCACGUGCAUCCGGGCUGCACGUGAGGGGGAGUGUUAGAUUUAAUCCCACAUCACUCAUCUAAGCCACCCAAGCUUGGUUAAUAUAUUCUAGAGGUUACUCCAUCUAUCGCAAAUUGGUUUUAGGUUGGAACCCUCCAAGAAAUCUAACAGAACCAGAUUUCAUGACAGAAUAAGUUGUAUAUGGAGAAAUGAUCAAGAGGCUCCAAUUGUAUAAAAAAUUUGGCUGAUGAGGAGAUAUAGACUGAAAUGGCUCCGAUAACUGUCCAGUGGCGUGUGUUCAGCAGCUUGUGGGUUUCACCACAAUAGGCUUUCAUAGACACUAUGAAGCAAAACCAGGCAGCUGAAACGAAGCUUGCAGUGGCCCCUCCAUUUUGUAUCAUUCAAGAGUCCAGAAGAUAUUUCCGGUAGCCGAAGGAAACUUGAUCAGUUGAUAGAGAAAGGCAGUGGGCCACAGAGUUUCCAGCUUGCUCGUGGACAGUACUUUAAACUUUUUCUCCAAAACGAACAGAAGCAAUAUAUGCCAAUGGUGUGCUUCUGCUUCUUCAACCCUAUAGCAUCAUGGAUCAGGCUCGAUAACCAUUGGUGUCUGCCAGAAAAAUUCCCGAUAUCGUGAUAUUUUGGUGCCAAGCAGAAUUGCAGAAUGCAGUUGCAGAGCAAUCCAGCCCAUCUUCUCGGUCAUCUUGCAAGAAUCAAGGAAGGGGAAUAAAACCAUAGUUCUUGAGAAAUAGAGACAAGAGUCAUUUGUAUAUCCUAGCAUUUUGUUUCCAAUCGUAAACCAUUAAUGUGGCGGUGAUCUUGUACGUGCACCAGUUACAUUUGCUUUUAAACGAAAUUUGUGUGUGUUUAGCAUUCUCAAAUUCUGUCGAUACUUAUCUUAAAAAUGCUUUCGACGUA